AUGAAGAUAAUCGGCUCCCGCCGCCGCGGCUCUACCAUGGCCAGCCCAAUCCUGACGAAGCCGGCCAGGGCGGAACCCAAGAAGAAGGCGCUGCUCGUCGGGAUCAACUACGACGUGAUUAAGAAAGUUGCUCCGAGUAUAAAGCAGUCCUUCAACCCGCUGCUUACUCCGCGCAGCGACGCGAAGGACAUGUGCAAGCUGCUCAUCAAGGAGUAUGGUUUCAAGCGGGAGGACAUUAUCCUCAUGCUGGACAAACCGUCGGAGAAGCGCCUCUUACCCACGCGGACCAACGUUAGGCGCGAGCUAGCCAAGCUGGUCGAAGGUGCACAGCGCGGGGAUCGCUUCGUGUUUCUGUUCGCCGGUCAUUCAGACCAAACAGUCAAUAAGACCGGGAGCGAGGACGAUGGGUUGGACGAACAGGUGGUGACACUCGAUGGGAAGAUCAUCGAUAACGAUCUCCACGAGCUCCUCGUCAAGCCGUUGCCGCCGGGUGCGCAUCUUACGGCAAUCUUCGACUCGUGCCAUUCUGGCACAAUGCUGGAUCUUCCGCACUACGACUGCAACAGGGUCGUUGUACCUUGGGUUAGUAAGGUGUACCAACACCCCGAGCGCUCGCGGUGGGCGACAGUCUUACGUCGCAACGCCACACUUCCUCGCAUGUGCUCCUUCGCACAGCUAGCCAAUAUUACUCGCCGCUCGACCGACCUUUCCUUCGGUGUGGUCUCGCUCAGGAUGGCCGAGCAGAGCAAGGAGAUUAAGAUUACGAAGACGAACGAGAAAGAGCAGGAGCCGGAGCCGAAGCCGAAGCGGCGGUUCACUCUCAACCUGAAGAGGAACAAGACAAAGUUGCAGCGUAAGCCUCGUCCGCUGUCGAUCGCCGUGCCGCUUGCGCAGGCGUCCAUUGUCGCGAUUGCGGCGACUUCGAAGGAAGUCGCGGAGAUGCACAAAUUCAAGGAUGCGCUGUUCUGCCUGUCCCCGGUGUCUUCCACUGCAUGCCAGGGAUUCUGCCCGAUCACGCCAGCAGAGGAUAUUCCCGACGUGGUAUCUCUGUCCGCUUGCGCCGAUAGGGAGAUAGCAUGGGAGGGCGAGAAGGGACAGUCUAUGACCCGCUCCCUGAUUAACUACCUGGAGGCAACCCCUCAUCCAACUUACGAGAAGUUGUAUGUGGACAUGAGUUACAACAUAUACGACAUCAUUCUCGAGGUUAAGCGCUGGAAGUUGAGGCAGAAUGCCCCCCAAAAUAGCGACACCGAGCCGCAGCUGCCCCAGGCCGUUAUCCAGACAUUCCAGAUGGGCAGUCUGCGCAGAAUGGACAUGACUGAGAUUUUUACCCUAUAA